UAAACCAAAACUAACGAAUUCGGACAGAUGAAGCGCCGCAUAACCUCCACGAGAACUGCUUCUGCUUCUUCUGCUUAGCCCUACUACCUAUUUCUCAUACAGACGAAGGAGAAAAUUCUCAUACCACUAUUUGCAGGAUUCGGGCUCUUGUUGUGUCUUGUCUGCUAGGUUAUCCUCCCUUUCAACUUUUAAUUUCUUCUCCAAUUCAAAUCGUCACAUGGUUUCCUCUUCACGAUAAGAUCAAUUAAUGCUUCCUUGUCUCAAUUUUAAUUCAAGUUAUGGCAGUUCCGAUGUCAAAGCAAGUCUGCAGUGUACUUUGUAAGGCGGUACUUAGGAAAGAGGUUCCCCUAAGGUUAGGUCCUCUCAGUAAUUUUUUCCCCAGUCAAGUUAGAAAGUCCAGUUCCUACAGAGCAGCUGUUCUGAAAGAAUUAAAGAAACCUUUAGUAAUAGAAACUGUAAAUGCUCCAAAAAAGAUAAAAAAAGAUGAAAUAAGGGUGAAGGUGGUGAACUGUGCAGUCAAUGCUAGCGAUAUUAUGAUAUGCGAUGGAGAAAAUGAGUCUCAACUUAAGCUUCCAUUCACCCCUGGAUUUGAGAUAGCUGGUGAAAUAUUGGAAGCUGGUAGUGAGGCUGCUGCAGAGGGCUUCAAUGUUGGUGAUCGUAUUGUCGGUUUAAACAAGGAUAAUCAUGGAGGUUUUGCAGAGCAGUGUGUCAUAUCUAUGAAAGAUGCUUGGCAAGCACCUUCAUCUGUUAGCUUCAAAAAAUGUGUCUCUCUGCCAGACAGCUAUGCAACAGCCUUGAUUGGUCUUGCAAGAAGAGCGCACUUAAAGGAAGGAGACUCUGUACUAAUUACUGCUGCUGCUGGAGGUUUGGGGCUUGCGGCAGUUGACAUAGCUUCUCAUGUUUAUCGUGCUAAGGUUGUUGGUGUGUGCAGUACAUCUGAUAAGUCGUCACUAGUUAGAGAGAAAGGCGCCUGGUCAGCUUUAGUGUUCAACCCACAUGAUUUAGAGGUUACUGUCAAGGAUGUCAGCAAGGGGAAGGGAAUGAAAGUAGUAUUUGAUGCUGUGGGUGGAGAUGUCUUCACUGCUGCCCUUAAAACUGUUGCCCAUGAAGGGACUGUGAUAGUGGCAGGAUUUGCCUCUCGGCAGGUGCCUCAGCUUCAGCUCAGUGAGCUCCUGCAAGGAUCCUACAGCAUCUUGGGUGUAUCUCUAUCGUACUACAGGACUAAGGACCCUGAAGUCUACAGGGAUACCGUUCAGGAUGUUCUCGACAUGUGUGAACAAGGAUUGAUUAGCCCGCACAUCUCUGAAGACUUUGACCUUGAAAAAGUUAAUGAGGCCAUGGAAUACAUGAGAGCUAGAAAGUCAUCUGGGAAAGUUGUCAUUAACAUCUGUGAUUCUUAAACUAUUAUCUGUAAAAAUUAAAUUAUUAUUCUAGAAAUAGUGAACAUCUGAAGUUAUAGAUUUUUAGCUAGCUUUCUGAGAUUUAUUUCCUGUUCAUUACUAACUUAUUCCAUUAUCAUUUUACUUAUUACUUAUUUACACCAUUAUAUGAUGAUGAGGCUAUGCAUCAGUGUGAAAGCCGUGUUCCAGCAUUGAUGGAUGGUAAAUGUCUAGUUGCAUUUUAUUCCUGGGGCACUUUCAGUCUUUCUUUUACUGCAAAUACUGUAUCUGAGAAUGUCUUUCGUGUUUUGCUCUUUUGUGCACUGUAUCUGGAGGGCUUGUGAUCCUGUCUUUGCUAAUAAACUAACAAUUGAAAGAAA